AUGGGGAGGUCUAGAGACGAUUCUUUUUCUUCUUCUUUGCACCGGCUUUCUUCUGGCUUAGAUUUAUCUCCUCAGUCUCCCGGUGAUUCAACUCCUCUUCCUUUUGGUUCUGGGGGGGGAGUAGAGAGUUGUGCUCGUCUUCUAGGCCCUGCAGCAGCAGCAGCAACAGCAGCAGCAGCAGCAGCAGGAGCAGCAGCAGGAGGAGAGGGAACAGCAGCAGCAGAAGGAACAGCAGAAGCAGCAGGAGCAGCAGCAGCAAGAGGAUAUGAGGAGAGGGAACAGCAGCAGCAGAAGGAACAGCAGAAGCAGCAGGAGCAGCAGCAGCAAGAGGAUAUGGUGUUGGUUCUGUAUUGA